CUCAUUUAUUAUUAAAUUGUUCUAAUGAAAAAGAAGCAGAAAGAAUACCAAGCAAAUAUUGAGAUCCUAGCAAGCACUUCACUCGAGAGCCAAGAUGCCAGUCACCAUUUGGACACAAGAGAGGCAAGAGGAAGCCCCAGUAGAGAGGAGGAGAAAGAGGACGACGAGCAGGUCCAAAUGCAGGUGGAUCCAAGGAGACCUCUAAUCAACAGUUACGAAACUUCCCAUACCCCAAUGGGGACCAGAAAAUUCAAAGAUGAUGACCUUAGAUUUUAGUUAAAGCUUUGAGAGCGAAACUUCAAUACUCAAGGCAAUAGAUUUUGACUGGUUGGGAUGGGGCUUGGAGUAAGAGGAGAGGAGACUGAACUACAAUUCGCUUUUUAGAAACUCAAAUUCGGAGUGAGGGUUGGGUGGCGAGGUCACGAAGCUCAUAAUUUAUCUUACCUUUUUAGUAUCAUGUUUUGAGAUUUAUGAGCUUAUGCGAGGUGAAUCUAAAGCAAUAGAUGAGCGAUGUUUGAUCUUGCAAAGCAUUUGAUACGACUUAAACAGUGUUGUGCUCCUACUCACUAGUCUUAGACUUCUAGAUUUUACUCUUUAGUGAAUAUAACUCAUGAUUGGGGGCUCCUGAAAAUCCUGCUGCAGAUAAACUAAUAAUUUUACAGAUUAGUGAAACUCUUGGAUUCGAUAACUUUAGCAUAAUUGAAUUUCUUCAUAAUCUUCAAUUUAUU